AUGCAUGGGUUGAGCAGGGAAAUGGGCGAAGUGGAGGGAGACAUCACAAGGAGUCUGGAUUCUCUGUUCCAGUACAUUCUGCUGACAGAACAACAGGCCUCUGAGAUGAACCGACACCUACGAGAGGUGAAAUCAGAAAUUCACAGGUGUCAGGAAGAAGCAAGAAGUCUCACAGGGAGGCUUGAAGAGGCAAAGGCAACGCUGGAGACCAAGGUUCAGCGACUUGCUGAGAAACAAUGCCAGCGACUCCUUUUGAAGAAGCACCAGGAUUUUUUAGAAUCUCAAAAGGAAGAUCUGCUAAAGGAGAAAGAGGAACUUUUAACCAUGCGUGUGAACUACCCCUUCACGGCUGACAAGUAACAGAGAUCUGCUGCUCAGAGAACAAGCCAAAGCUGAGAUGGAGCAGAUAGACAUGGAGGCAGCGGCACUAAUGAGUGAAAUAGAAUCCUUGAAACAUGAAAGUUUCCAUGUAAAGGCUCUACAAGUUCAGAAGAAGACACUCAGCGAUAAUCUGGCGCAACUACAAAAUACUCUGAAAGAAGAAACAGAACAACGGGCAGAAGACUGGGCAGGUUCUACACAGGGCAAGGAGACUCUGGAAUAAUCUCUGUGAUGGGGAAGGCCAGGCAGGGAUCUGGUCUGGGUCAGUGGGGCCCACGAGGGAUGGGACCCCCCAACCCAGUCCCACCCUGCAUGGCUGUACUUGCUCUAUUCAU